AUGGGAAACCCAGAGAACAUUGGAGAUGCAUAUGUUGCUGUGAUUCGUCCAAAAAAUACUGCUAGCCUGAAUUCUCGGGAAUAUCGAGCAAAGUCCUAUGAAAUUCUGUUGCUCGAAGUUCCCAUUGAAGGCCAAAAGAAAAAGAGAAAGAAAGUUUUGUUGGAAACUAAACUGCAGGGAGGCACUGAGAUAACCCAGAGCAUCUUGGAUUAUGUGUUAGAAGCCACCAAACCAAUUUCGCCGGCCAAUCAGGGUAUUAAAGGAAAGCGUGUAGUGUUAAUGAAGAAAUUCCCUCUGGAUGGAGAGAAGGCAGGCCAGGAGGCAUCACUUUACAUUGUUCCAACUGUUGUGAAAGAUAAUACAAAAUAUCCGUACAGCCCUGGAUGCCCUGUCUUCUACUGUUUACAAGACAUCAUGAGGGUCUGCAGUGAAUCCAGCACCCAUUUUGCUACACUAACUGCAAGAAUGUUAAUUACCUUGGAUAAGUGGUUGGAUGAACGGCACACCCAGUCUCACUCCAUCCCAGCUUUAUUCAGACCAUCUCCUCUUGAGAGAAUUAAAACAAAUGUAAUAAACCCUGCCUAUGCUAUAGAACCUGGUCAAACAGAGAGCUCAUUACACAUGGGUUAUACUGCCCUGGAAAUAAAGAGUAAAAUGCUAGCACUGGAGAAAGCAGAUAUGUGUAUCUAUAAUCCUUUGUUUGGAUCCGACCUUCAAUAUACCAAUAGGGUGGACAAAGUGGUAAUAAAUCCAUACUUUGGCCUUGGAGCCCCAGACUAUUCAAAGAUUCAGAUUCCUAAAAGAGAAAAGUGGCAACGUAGCAUGAGCAGUGUCACAGAGGACAAGGAGCACCAGUGGGUAGAUGACUUCCCUCUUCACCGCAGUGCUUGUGAAGGUGACUCUGAUUUAUUAAGCCACCUUCUGGACAAAAAGUUUUCUGUCAAUCAGCUAGACAGUGACCACUGGGCACCUAUCCAUUAUGCAUGCUGGUAUGGAAAAGUAGAAGCUACUCGAAUGCUCUUGGAGAAAGGGAAAUGCAAUCCAAAUCUUUUGAAUGGCCAACUUAGCUCUCCUCUUCAUUUUGCUGCUGGAGGUGGGCAUGCCGAAAUAGUACAAAUUCUACUAAAUCAUCCAGAAAUUGACAGACACAUUACUGAUCAACAAGGAAGAUCUCCCCUGAAUGUCUGUGAAGAGAACAAACAAAAUGAGUGGGAAGAAGCUGCAAAACUGCUGAAGGAAGCCAUAAAUAAACCUUACGAGAAGGCACGAAUUUACCGUAUGGAUGGGUCCUACCGCUCUGUUGAGCUAAAGCAUGGGAACAAUACUACUGUGCAGCAGAUCAUGGAGGGGAUGCGUCUGUCUCAAGAGACUCAGCAGUACUUCACUAUCUGGAUCUGUUCUGAAAACCUCAGCCUCCAGCUGAAGCCAUAUCACAAGCCUUUGCAGCAUAUUCGGGACUGGCCUGAAAUAUUCACUGAACUGACAAACUUGGAUCCUCAAAGGGAAACUUCACAGCUUUUCCUGAGAAGAGAUGUGAGACUUCCACUGGAAAUAGAAAAAAAGAUUGAGGAUCCAUUGGCUAUUCUUAUCCUUUUUGAUGAAGCCAGAUAUAAUUUACUGAAAGGUUUCUAUACGUCACCUGAUGCCAAGCUGAUCACACUGGCAAGUCUGCUUCUACAAAUAGUCUAUGGAAAUUAUGAGAGCAAGAAACAUAAACAAGGUUUUCUAAAUGAAGAAAAUCUUAAAUCUAUAGUACCCAUCACUAAACUAAAAAGUAAAGCUCCUCACUGGACAAACAGGAUACUUCAUGAAUACAAGAACCUGAGCACCAGUGAAGGUGUGAGUAAGGAGAUGCACCACCUGCAGCGCAUGUUCCUGCAGAACUGCUGGGAAAUUCCUACCUAUGGAGCAGCUUUUUUCACAGGACAGAUAUUCACCAAAGCAAGUUCAAGUAGCCACAAAGUCAUCAAAGUGUAUGUAGGAGUAAAUGUAAAAGGGCUGCACCUACUCAACAUGGAAACAAAGGCUUUACUCCUCAGCCUAAAGUAUGGUUGCUUUAUGUGGCAGUUGGGAGAUGGAGAUACAUGUUUUCAAAUCCACAGUCUGGAAAACAAAAUGAGCUUUAUUGUGCAUACCAAACAGGCAGGUCUCGUCAUAAAACUUCUGAUAAAAUUGAAUGGCCAGUUAAUGUCCAGUGAAAGAAACGAAUGAUGGAAAUCAGCAGAAGUUAUGAAACAGCAUCUGAUGGCCAAGCAAAAAACAGCUUCUCAUUGUAACAGAAGACUUCCAUGUACAUGAAUUUUAGACAACAGAAAAGUCACUUUGUACAGUUUUUUUUAACUUUGUACAGAAGCUGCAUGGUUUAUUUUUCUAAAAAGCUAUACAACAUAUUAUUUUUAUAAAUAUUUUUGUGUUUCAUAUAUAGGCAUUUGU